CUUUUUUCUCAUAAAGUUAUCUUCUAACUAUAUGCAAUCCAAAUAGAUAGCCUUUUCCACUUCUUCCUUUUGCCUUUGCUUCUAUUUUUACAUCUUUUUUCUUGAGAUGGAUUUAGAAAUUCCUAUUAGCUCACAAGCUUUGACAAGCAUAGAUGAAUUUGAAGACUUAGAAUUAGUGACACAAUUUGAUGAAAACACACUAAGAGAACUACUUGAAGAAGAACCAAAUUAUGAUAUCCAAGAAGACAUAGUAGAUUGUGUAAUACAACCAAUGGUGAUUGAAAUGGCCCCAAAUGACACGAAUAUCGAGGAGGGGGAGCUUAUCGAUGAUUUCGAGUGGCUAGAAAUGAUGGAGUUGUCACAUACAGAUACAACUGCUUGCCCAGAGGGAGUAAAUGAGAUUUUUGAUGUGGGAGAAUUUGCCUUUGAUUUUUCUCAUUUUUGUAGUGCAGUUCCAUUGGAAGAAAUAGGGUAUGAUGUCUUGUGGCAAGACAGUUCCUAGUAUUAAUCCUAGGAUAUGUUCAUGUCUUGAGUUUCUAGCUAAGACAUGUCUGAAACAUUGUAGUGUUAAUGUUUUAAUUUGAUGAUAACAUGCUUGAAAUUAUUGUGUUAUGAAAUUUCAUAGCCAUUAAUUAUCACUCUCUUACUCUA